GCCAGUGAUAAGUUUUAUCUAUUGUACUGUUGUAUGGAAUACGUAAAAAAGGAUUAUUACACAUUUAAAACUUGACCUAGACUGAGGCAAUGUACAAAUUGUAACUCCAUUCAUUGUGGGACAUUGUUUACAUUAAAUUCCUGUCAAAGUGGUCAGUUAAAGAGAUUUUUAAAGAUAUAUAUUUGAUGUGAAUAUAGACCAGUAGGAUUGUUUACCUUUAAUAUAAAUACAUUAUAUAAAAUUACUGUUUAUCAGUGGUAAAUAUUCAGGAUUAACUAAGUCAGUGAAACUUUAAUGAACUGAACUGACAGAGUUCAGCCUGACUCAUAGAGAGAAGUGUAACCUUGUAUUUAUGUUUUACUGAUGAGGAUAAGUGUAGGAAUUACCUAAUAUUCAACAGGAUUUAUUCCAAAAUGAGUCUUUUAUUUCGGAGGAAUUUUACUUUUGUGUUUUUGUUAAUGGUACUACCUAUAGAUGUUAUUGGUGUAAGUUUUAGCCGUCAUCGUUACAGUAGGAGAGGUGAUCGUGAUGAUUCUAAGGACACAAGGAUAGCUUACGCUUGUGAGAAUAGUACAAUGCAUUUAAAUUGUACAACCUAUAAUGGUGUGAUUAGAGUAAUUCGUGCUAAUUAUGGACGAUUUGUGUUAUCUACUUGUAAUCCUUGGUCAGUGACAACGGGAUGGAAUUUACAAUGUACAGCCAAAGAUUCAUUUAACAUAGUGGCAGCAAGAUGUGAUGGCAGACCGGAAUGCAGCGUCAUGGCAUCCAAUCGGGUAUUCCCAGAUCCAUGUAAAACAACUCAUAAAUAUUUAGAAGUUUAUUAUUAUUGCCAACAAUCAGAACCUACUGUACCAUAUCCAACUACCAAGAAGCCCACCACAACAUCAUCAACAACAACGAAGGAACCCACAACAAAACCUACUGAAGUCUCAACAACAGGUUGUGAUUGUGAUGUACGUGGAACUAAAACAUGUAUGCCCACCAAAGAAUGUAUUUGCAGAGAAAACUUCAGUGGAACCAAAUGUGACCAGUGUACUGCUGGGUACUAUAACUUCCCAUCCUGCACAGAAUGUGAUUGUGAUAACCGUGCUACAUUACCAGGGAUAUGUUCUAAAGAGACGGGGAAAUGUCUAUGUGGAGAAAACUUGACACCAACAUGUGACGCUUGCAGGCCAGGAUUUGUUAAUUAUCCUUAUUGUCAAGUUGAUAUUGUGACGACAAAAGCUCCAAGUACACCUACACCGAAACCAACAGAGUCCAGUCCAAUGCCAAUCAAAAAGACCACACCAGGAAGGACCAAGUCAACAACAACCGAGAAGAGUAGCAGAUACACAUGUAAAAGUACAGAGUCUGAAGGGGUGUGGUGGCCUGUCUCUGUGACAGGGAUUGUUGUAAGAGACUGCCCAGGAGAUUUGAAAGGUAAAAUGACCUGGGAAUGUGGUGUAAGAGGAUGGAAGAGAAAACCAAACCUGUCAAACUGUGUGUCACCAUGGCUAGAUAACUUUGAAGAUUUGAUACAUAGGAGAAAGUGUAAAAAAUGUCUCCAUGGUUUCAAAUGUAAAAAACACAAAGUUUGUAAACCAACAAUAGAGGCUGGCUCAGAUAAUGUAGAAGAGGUGGCUACAACACUCAAUGAGAGGACUGCCAAUCAAAAAUUUGGUCCUGGGGAUUUGAAGAAAACAACACUUGAUCUUUUCCCCAAACUUAAUGAACAGUUAAUAACCCAGACACGUGGUAUGACAAAACGACAAAAAAGAAACAAAGUUAAAAAAUUUGCCAAGUCAAUACUGAAGGCUGGCAGUAACCUUUUGAUUGAUUCAAACUCAUGGAAAGGGUUGCCUAAAAUGGAGAGAACUCGUGUAGCUACAUCACUGGUUGUGAACAUGGAAGAAACAGGGUACCAGAUAGCUGACAGUUUAGAAGUUGGUGACCCUCCUGUCAUCACUAGGGAUACCAAUAUAUUUAUGGAAGUUAAUGCCAUUAGAACAGAAGAUCAAACAAACAAAAGACUGAGUUUCCCGUCUUCUGUUCAAGAUCGAGAGGAUGCUGAUGAUUUCGUUACUAUUCCUGUAGAAAGUCUUGUCAACUCUUCUAAUAAUGGUGAGGUUAGGAUAGUUUUUCUUGUCUACAAAAGUCUGAGUGAGUUCAUGAGUCCACCUGCAGAUGAAAAUACUGGAGAUGACAAUAACAAGGAUGAUGAAGAUGAAACUGCCAACAACGAUACUCAACCUUUCAUUGGAACUAAUAUUUUCUCAACUUCAGUCAACGGCAGGAAAACUAAAUUCCAACUGUCAAAGCCUUUGACAUUUACCUUGAAACACAAACAGGCACCUCAACCAGGAUUUCAUGCUGUAUGUUCAUACUGGCAAUUCAAUGAAAGUUUAGCUGGACAGUGGUCUGAUGAUGGUUGUAGUUUGGUAAAAACUAACAAAUCCCACACCACAUGUCAGUGUGAUCACAUGACAAACUUUGCCAUCUUGAUGGAUACUGUCGGUACUAAGUUAUCUCUGGAGCACCAGAUCACACUGACAGCUAUAACCUACCUCGGAUGUAUUGUAUCCAUCACUUGUCUGUUGUGUUGUAUCUUUACAUUCUGUUUCUUCAAAAAUCUUCAAUGUGAUAGAAACACAAUACACAAGAAUUUAUGUUUGUCCCUAAUGAUGGCUGAGAUUGUGUUCUUAGUGGGUAUCAACCUAACACAGUAUAAGAUUGUAUGUGGUAUUGUGGCUGGGUUACUACACUUUUGGUUUCUGGCCGCAUUUAGUUGGAUGUGUCUAGAGGGUGUCCAGUUAUAUGUCAUGCUGAUAGAAGUGUUUGAAGCAGAGAGGUCCAGAAGACUUUGGUAUUAUUUGUUUGGAUAUGGUGUACCCACUAUAAUAGUUGGUGUUUCAGCAGCAGUCAACCAUGAAGGUUAUGGAACAGAAUUACAUUGUUGGUUGAAGACAGAGAAUUAUUUCAUUUGGAGUUUUGUAGGACCAGUAUGUGCUGUUAUAUUGAUAAAUAUAAUCAUGCUGGGUAUUGCCAUCUACAUGAUGUGUCGCCAUUCUAACACUCUAGCUUCAUCAUUAAGAACCAAAGAAAAAACUAGAUUACAGAAAAUAAAUGGUGAACCCAACUCUGGGAGUAGUUCAGGAAGUACCAAUAUCAAUGAUAAAUCCCACCUGAGUCCUGAACUUCCAUCUUGGUUGAAAGGAGCAAUAGUGCUAGUGGUCCUGUUGGGCUUGACCUGGUCCUUUGGAGUCCUAUAUAUCAGCAGGGAAUCAGUGGUGAUGGCCUAUCUCUUCACCAUACUCAACACAUUACAGGGAGUCUUUAUUUUUGUGUUCCAUUGUGUCAUGAAUGAAAAGGUAAAGAAAGAAUACAAAAAGUUUGCCUACAGAGCAACAUGGCUGCCAGGUUGUAUAAGGAGUCUAUUUGUGGGUUAUUCAGGAAGUCUUGGUUCUACAUCGCCAAGCAACUCGUCAUCAUCUGGUGGACAUCUACUGAAGUUUUGGAGUGGGAAACGGAGGAGGAAGUCAUCAGGCUCUACAUUAGAAAAAUCUUCUAAAGGAAAGAAGAGAAGAAGUGACAUAAAAAGUAGCGAAGUAGAAAGUUUCUCUCAAAGCAUCUCUAAUCAUGGAAAUAUCGAUAGUCAAUAUCGACCACCUAGUAAUAAUUAUGAUAAUGGAUACACACAUGGGUACAUGUACGCCAACACUGGGGUAUCUGAUGGGGGAAUAGUCGGAGAUCUCUCAGUAGCCGAUUGUUCUGUUAUUGACAGUGAAUAUGUGAGUGAAUUCUGCCAUAAUAAAAUGCAAGUUUCCAUGGAGAAACGACGAUAUUCAUCUGGAUCUGAAGAAGAAGGUAAUGAUGAAAACAAUGACAAUAAAAAUCGAUUGUCAGUUUUAUCCGAGGAUUCAGCAGUGAAAAAUUCAGACUUUGUAUCAACAGAAGCUGAAAUGAGCUAUUCAGAAAUGAGUGACGUUGACAGUGAAAAAUCGAAAGAUUUGAGAAAGGAAGAGGAACCUCUUUUUCCAAAAACAAACUCUGAAAAAAAUUUAUUGAACAAUUUAGUGACUAUAGAUGGAGGACAGAAAAAAAGUCCAUCAUCAAGUGAAUUACGGAUAAUAGACACAUCAGACAGUCUGAGUAGAAGCACACCAAACAUGAAACUAAUCCAGGGCUAUGAAGCAAUAUUAAACAAUAAGACUGAUCUAUUAAUAGACACAGGGGAAACCCAGACUGGUAGAAAACCAGUAACAAGACUUAAUUCAGAUUGUCCUGGUAAAUUUGACCCUCACCGAUAUGUUUUGGAUCAUAGUGAGUGCUAGUUCUUAUUAUUUCAUGAUGAAAAUUGAUAAAAAUGUAUUGGGAAGUGAAAAGACGUUCUAGUGGCAUUAAUUGGUUAAUCUAUUGACAUUGUGCAUAAUGAUUACUGUUCAUUUAACAUCUAUACAUUUGGUUUCAAAGUGACAAGUUUUGUUGAAAGAUUGGCUAGUGAUGUACAUUAGCCAUUGUACAUUGCCUCCCUUUCUAGAUAUGAUUAUGAUUGUCACUAGAAUGUCAUACUUGGUGCUUUGACCCUAGGAAAUCUGACAAUCUGUUGUAUUAAGUGCCUGAGAACAGAAACUGUUUUAUAGUGCCUUCAAUUAUUAAAGUGUUCUUAUAUUUUGUUCAUUGUAAAUAUCAUAUUUUAUUGUUUAAUUUGUAUUUUAUACAAUGAUCAAAUCAUUUCUAUAUAUUUUGUACAUAAAUUUACAUGUCAUUGUUCAUUUGUUUGUGUACAUGUGUAUUUUAUUGUUAUCUCAAGAUCUGGAGUUUAUAAACCCUGCUUACAUCGCAUCAGACUUUGGUUCAAUCUUUUAUUUUCAAAAAUUUUUGAUAACAGAACAAUAAGGAAUAAAUAAGUUAAUAACCAAGUAGUAUUACAAGUGACCAGUUAGUUAAAAAUAUACAAGAAAUCUAUAACGAUUAUUAUAAUCUUCGUGUGAUAAUAGCUGUCACUGCCUUUAUUACCUCAGUCAGGUCUUUUUCAGUGCUUAAUUCAGAUGUUUUACUUUUAUGUGUUUAUAUCAAAAUCUGACUGAAAACUAUUGUUUUGUUUGAUAUUUCUAAUUUAAGAUUGUGAUUUCUUCAAUUUAAAUAGGAUUUGUGAUCCCAUAAGAAACCAAAGAUAUAAUUUUGAAUUACUUUUCAUUGUAUUAAGACAUUCCAUAACUUAUAUCGCAGAGGUAUUCAAUAUUUACAGAUACAUGUAUAUAUAUAGUUGUGAUAACUUUAAAUCAUUUAUUUUGUAAAUGCAGAGGUUUUCCUUUUCAUUUCACAGUAUUUAUCUUUAAAGUAUUGAAGGGUAACAAAAAACCUGAUAUAUUUCAAAUAAAUUUACUUUAAUGCAUCGUUAAAAGAUUUACUCCAAAAGCCAGUAAACUUUUUACAAUUAUUAAUGUCAGUAUCAUCAAUGAGUCAGUAUGGUGCUUAAAUGUUAACAAUAUAUUUUUUGUAGUGAUACUUUUAAAAGAGGGUAGAAAUGACUCUGAUUGUGUGUUAUAGAUGGAUAUCCCAUAUCCUUUCUUUUCCAUUAAAUGAUUCAGUAUCAUACCGUUUUCUCUCCUAGUGUUCAAUUGAGGCAAAUAUUUAAGUGUCAUUAGCACAUGCUUUUUAAAAGCUCCCCGAAUAUGCCACUGUGUCACCUUAAUCAUCUUGAUGGGUACUCAUUCCCACCCUCUUUAAACAUGCAGGGUAAAUUGUAAUUUCAGAUAAUAUUUUAAGUCUGAGAUUAAAUUCCUUCUUUACCUUAAUAAUUUGAUUACCACUUUACAAGUACACUGCAUACAAAAUCCAUUUAUAAAUGCCAGUUUAAAGCCCAAUGUUUGUAUUGUUGGUUAUGAUGUAUAACUGUAUUUGCAAUUUGUUAAAAUUAAAAUUUAGCAAAUGACUAUAAAAAGUUUGCAUCAAGUUGAUAUAAAAGUAUGUUUUAAUGUUCUGUGUUAUUUAAUGUUUAAGUAUAUCUUGUUUUUAAUCAGCUACAAAAAUGGUUAAAGCUGACAUCCGAGUUUGAAAAAUAAAAGAGUGAAAAAACUUUAAA